CCUCUUUGUUUGUGCUCAGAGGACAAGGACUAUUUUCGUGCCGCUGGUUCAGCCCACUCGAGCCUGCAGCCGCCGAGGAGCUGAUAUUUACACCCUGACCUGACAAACACUCACUGUUGUUCCGCCCAGGUGUUUUUAUUUCCGUACACAACCAGAGCUCGGGUUUAUUUCCAGUUUUUAUUCCGCUGGAAUAAGAUGGUCGUUUUGACAAAUAACAAUGAAGAACAGGAUUAUAUCCUGAUAGAGGAGCGUAAAUGCACCUCGCUGCCCAGCUCUCCUGCCAAGCGAGUGUCUCCAGCCAAGAAGAAGCAGUUCUAUAUCAACCAAGCCAUUCGCAACUCUGACCUCACUCCCCGUGCCAAAGGCAAGAAGAGCCUCCGCCGUCAGGAGAACACGCGCUUUCUUGCUAAUCUCCUUGAGAGGGACGAGUGCUCCAAAGAUGAUCUGGAAGUUUGCAGUAACCCGGCCAUCCCAUCCAUCUUCACCGAGGCCUGCACCAACGGAAACUACGUAGAGCCGUGGAACGACUUCAUGAACUGCUCCGGUGAGGAACAGGAGAGGCUGUUGUCUCUGCUGGAGCAGGAGGGGGCCAAGAAGAAAAACACAACCCGGCCUCACAAAGACGAGAGGAAUGUAAAUGUUGCCUUCACUGAUCAGGACUGCUUCCAGAGAAUCGAUCGCAGGCUUCGAGCGACUCUGAGACGCAAACAAAUCCCCAUGGGAACUCUGGAACUACUUGAGGAAAACCUCCUGAGAUUCUUCAGCACUCAACCACACUCAGUAUACACAACCAACCUCGCCAGCAGCUUCGAGAGGCUGCUGCUUCACGCCAUCUGCCAGUACAUGGACCUAGUCUCUGCAAGCACAGACAACAAUGGCUCACGUCAGACUGAAGUGGUGAACAAACAAGAAGAGUUUCUCCCUCCUAGACUUCUGCUGUCCGCCUAUGUGGAGCAAAUGAGCUGAGACCAGGACCACGUCCCGUCUCCUCCACACGGCUCUGCUGCAGGCGGGAGCUCUGAGAGAUGUAGAUAAGGUGCGCAGUCUGUAUGUUAAUGUCUGUUUUAAUGUUUGCCAAGAUAAAAAAAAAAAAACAAAGAUGAGGAAAUCUUCCUUUUUUCUUCUGGAUGGUUUCUGCAGUAAAUUUUCCAUUAAUUUUAUCCAUAAACAAACCACGCCGCUGUACGUUAACGGGGAUCUACAUGCUAAAUGAAAUAUAAAAAUAACAGUAGAGAUAUCAAACAGAUGGCAAACAGUUAUCAGAGCUGUUUUGUUUCCUGGUGUGUAAUAAGAAGUGGAGCAGUGUGGCUCAAAUGAUCUACUGUUUCUGUGCAGCACUGGGAAUUGAAUAAAAUUACCUUUCCCACAUUUACGGUAUAAUCAGUAAUAUACUAAAAUAAUGUGGAUUGUAUUACGUUUGGGAGAAUUCACAAUAACAAAUUCAUACAGGCAAAUUACAUUCAAGCCAUGUGGUCCCUUUUUAUAAUACAAAUUUCACAAUGUAAAAUAUGAGUACUGUGCUGUGUGGACUGAUUAAAUAAUGACAACAUUAACUUUAAAAAUAAUGGAAAAUGUACUUGGAACUCUAUUGUUACAAAUGAAUGGCAUUUUGUGUGAGGUGCUAAGUCGAGGAGGAUCUGUUUAAAUGCAUCACUGCCUGAAGGUUUAUCCUGUAGGAUUUGUGUAAGUAGUGAGGUAUGAAGCAUGAAUAUUAUUAGUCUCUUCAUUAUAUGCACAAACACAAGACUCAUCAUUGUCUGUAAAACGCAAAUGUCUUAUGCCAGGGGCGUGAAACGGCAGCUUCAUGCUUGGGACGUAAAGUAAUUCUUUAAUAAUUAUCUCUGUAAAUCUUUAGGUACAGGCUUCAGGAUCUACUUUUAGGAUUUUUUGUUUUGUGUAUUUUUCUUUGUCAGCUUGUCUACACCAGCGUGUUUCACCUAAAUGAUUCAGGAUACAGACCGCACAACGGCUGAGACUUGAAAUAUUCGUCUGUUUCCACUUAGAAGUUCAAAGUAUAUGGCUGUAUGGCUGAUCCAGUGUAGACUGAUGAUGUGCUGCCUUCACUGCACACCGGUGUAGACAAGAUGUAAAUGUUACUUCAGUCAUUGUCAGUAAUAAAAGACAAAAUAAGGAACUAUAUUAUAGUUAAAAACGGACGAUAUCCCUGUCGAUUUAUUCAUGGAUUUCUGGUACAUGCAUUAAGUUUACACGCAGCUAACGUUCAAUGCCUUUUUUUUUUACAUCAUGAUAUAGUUUCUAGGUAUACUGUAUGUACAGUAGAUGUGUUAUAUUUGUAGGAAAAUAACAACAUUUAAGAUGUUUUGAUGGUAAAAACCUCCUGAGUUGUGACUCUCAGGUGUGUUUUAUCUCAACAUUUACGACCCCAGAAAAGCACUUCUGCCUUAUGAUGAAUACAACUUUCUUGUGUUUUUGUCUGUACAUAUAUUUCUACAUUUGUACUUGACUGGAUUUUGGAAACAGAUUAUUUAAAAGAAAAGAAAAAAAGUCCUGAUUUCUUCUUCUUCUUCUUCUUUUUUUUACGCUGUCAUCAGCAGUGUAACGAAACUUGACCUUUUGGUGCGUUUUGUCAACAACCAAAGUUUGUGUGUUUGUUUUGUGGAAAUCCAGUUUCUCAGGCUUUCAACGUCUCACUCUGAAUGUCAUGUAAUGAUCUCACAUGGUGUCAUUUUUCUGUGUACUGUACGCCGUCUUCAAGAUGAACUUGUUACCAUCAGCCUCUUGGGGCGCUGCCAACUUUUGAAAUACAUGUAGACAUCGUCGUGUUGUAAAUAAUGAACUCAGAUAAUUGAUGUGUGCCAACAUUUGAAUUGAAUAAGCCAACAAUAGUCUGAAAGCUUUAUAUAACAGACUGAUGCAUCUUUGUGUAUAUAAUGAUACAUGUGUGCUACAGUACCUAUUUAUAAUUAUCACUGCAACUAUUAAAGGAUUUAAGAUAU